UCCUGGGAGUUGGAGUUCUGGAAGUCGCCAUGACAUGAGCUGGUUCCAGACCUAGACGAGCGAGUAUUUUUGGCGGUGGGGAAGGUGUCGUGUUUAUCCGGCGAUUGCCCGAACAGGAAGCCGAGGCCGCGCGGCCCGUUAGAUCUCCAGGAUGUCUCUGGUGGCCUAUGCCAGCAGCGAUGAGAGCGGCUCGGACUCAGAGGGGGCCCCGGAGCCCGCGGCUAGGGCUGGUAGACUGCUGGCGAGCCUGCCCCCUCCCAGGCAGGACCACCCGCCCACAUCCCAGGCCGAAGCCGUGGCCUAUCCUUCCUUGUACCCGCGUCAAGCUCCCGGGGAGCAGGAGCAGCAUAGCCCGGGCUUCUAUGGACCCCCUGGGGGGUACGGAUACCCUCCGGCAUACGGUUACGGGCCCCCCUCCUAUGGCUCUGCUCCCUCCAGCUAUCCCGGCAGCCAGGGCCCCCCAGGUUAUGGGAACUAUGGCCACAGCAACAGCCAAGGGCCUGGCAAUGCCACUUACUCUAACAUGGGUUACGGGGGCCCAGGGUCUGUCCCAACAAACUACCCUCCCCCUGGCCUUAACAUGCCUCCGCCACCAGUUGGUCGGGGGAUGAAUCUGCCCCCACCUCUUGGAAGUCCAGGAUUGAACCUGCCGCCGCCCCAAGGCGGUCCGGGGAUGAACAUGCCGCCGCCCCAAGGCGGUCCGGGGAUGAAUAUGCCACCACCACCCAAAGGCGGUCCGGGGAUGAACAUGCCACCACCCCCCCAAGGUGGUCCUGGGAUGAACCUGCCGCCGCAAGGCGGUCUGGGGAUGAACAUGCCGCCGAUGCAAGGUGGUCCUGGAAUUGGCCACCCUCCUCCACAAGGUGGCCAGGGGAUGAACCUGCCACCUCCGCAAGGAGGUGCUGGUAUGAGUAUCCCUCCACCAAAAGCAGGUCCAGGGAUGAACAUCCCUCCUCCUCCUCAAGGUGGACCUGGAAUUAGCAACUCUUCUCCGCAAGGAAUGAAUCUUCCUCCACCACAAAGUGGCCAAGGCCAAAACCUCCCUCCUCCACGUAGUAGCCAUGGACUUAGUUUACCACCACCUCACGGUAGCCAUGGUUUGAACCUGCCUCCACCUCAAGGUAGCCCUGGGCUAAACCUUUCCAUUCCACCCCCAUUGGGUACCCAUGGAAUGAAUCUCCCCCCACCGCAAGUUGGUCCUGGAUUGAAUCUGCCUCCACCUCAGGGUGGUCAGGGGAUAAACAUUCCACCUCCGCAGCUAAGCCCUACAUCCACUGCUGGAGCAGAGUCUCGGCUAUCUCUUCCCCCACCAAAACCAUCCGGCCAAGGAAUAAACCUUCCUCCUCCGACUGGUGAAAACCCCAAACCCAAAAAACGCUCUGAGCCUGUGAGAAUCACCGUCCCUGAGCUGAACACAGGAGGUUCGGAUUCAGAGGAAGAUGAACCAAAAAAGAAAAAAACGGGCAUCCUGGGAUCCAGGGAAGGAUUCGGUUUGUCGGCGUUACUCCCUCAGCCAAAAAACUCUGGUGGCGAUUCAAAGAGGUCCCCCCUACCUUACAACUUUACAAAGAAAGCUUCGGACGCGCCGAAUGAUGCCAAGGCCCCCAAAUCUGCCACCUCUUCAAAGCCGCAUCUGGUGUCAAAGUCAGAAGUGUCCCACACGCCAUCUCCUUCCGCCAUAAAAGCCGCAGCCAAGAACGCCGCCUUACAGAUGACCAAGCAGAUCGCGCAGGAGGAGGAUGACGAGAGCGACGAGGAACUCGCACAAGGGAACUUCUUCUCCCUUUCGGAGACCAACGACGUUCCUGCUAUCGGCACGGACAGUUUUAGUUACCAGGUCCCGUCUGUUAACGACGACAGAUCGCCUGGAACCGAGACGGCCGAGACGGACACCGCCGCCACCGCUAAUGCUCCUCUGGAGUUCAAGACAUCAGCCGCGCCGGACCCCAACCAGCAGUGGCCGGCAGGAGCAGAAGACUACAGCAGCCAGAUGUACGCUCAGUACCCCGAGUACAGUGACUCUGCUGCUGGAUACUAUCCGGAUUAUUACGGCAGCGGGUACUACCAGGAGUCGGAAUCAUCUGCCCCGGACCUCCGAGAGCCCGCGGCCAGCAACUCUUUCAUGGACGACGAGGCCUUCAAGCGGCUGCAAGGAAAGCGGAAUCGAGGAAGAGAAGAAAUUAACUUUGUGGAGAUUAAGGGGGAUGACCAGCUGAGCGGAAACCAACAGUGGCUGGCCAAGUCCCUGACCGAGGAGAAAAACAUGAAGUCCUUCAGCAAGAAAAAAGGAGAGCAGCCAACUGGCCAACAAAGACGAAAACACCAGAUUACGUAUUUAAUACAUCAGGCGAAAGAGCGAGAAUUGGAACUGAAAAACACGUGGUCCGAUAACAAACUGAGCCGGCGGCAAACACAAGCUAAAUAUGGGUUUUAACCUGUCCCGUGGGGCCUUGCUGAGAGUACCAAGUAAAUCGGGUGCACACGAGGCGGGAUAUCCAAAAGCCAGCUUUCUAAUGUCUGGCGCGUGCCUCUGAGCUCUGCCGGCGUAGUUUCAAACACACAGGGCUGUGUCUGCUUUGCAGAGCUCUGAAACCACAGAUUUAAGCUCUCCUCUGCCACAACCGCAACACAUUUUUUGUCUAUUGGCAAAGCUUUAAAAUGCGUCGGCAGAAGAUCUUCUACGAGUGGACGUUGGAAGCGACAUGCAGCUGAUCCCUCUCUGUUGUGCAAGAGACGUUUGGGUGUCUUUGCAUAUCAAUGUGAAAAAAUGAGGUUGGGGGUCCUCAUACCUGACUCUCUGGAGUUCUGUGCCCCCUUUAAUGUUUUGGGGUUACAUGCAGUUGUUAAACUUCUCCUUUUCCUAUAGACAUUUCCUCUGCCGACGCUGAUUACAAUUUCUGACACCAGUAAAAUCCGUAGCUAUACCGGUGUUGUCCUGCGGGUCUCUUUCACAUCUCCCAUGAUGCACUAAUUACCUGUGGCAGGAUAAUCAUCAUCAUGGGAGUUGUAGUUCCACAUCAGCUUGGGCACCACCUCCUGGCUACCCCUGCAGUAGAUCCACUACUUCUGCGGUAUGAUCAAUCAUAACCCUUGUUUGCAAGGGCAAGCCAUCCCACUGCAUUGCCUGAUCCUGAAGGGGUUAGCAAAAAGGGUUCCCAGCCUACUAUGCAUCCUAAAAUGUUACCUCCACUAGCAGAAUUGAUACCCAUCCUGUUAUUUGUGGUGUGAAAUCUUGUAAAUAACAUAAAACUGUACAUACGCUUA